AUGUUGAGUAAAUGGUUUCCACGCAUCAAGGCAAGUCCGUUAAGUGAAGUGGCUCAAUCGCGCGAUGCCUUUAUCUACUUUGAGAGGGUUAUAUGGUACCUCGGAUGGACAGAACCCAAAGACAAAAGGUGGAGCCUGGUUUACAAUGUAUGGACCCUUAUUAUAAAUUUUGUGGUUCUCAUCUUUAUGCCGAUUUCGAUCGUCGUGGAAUACGUACACAAUUUCAAGAGUUACUCGGCGGAAGAGUUUCUGAAUACCCUGGGUAUUGGGGUCAACAUGUAUGGAUGUUCCUUUAAGUGCACCUUCAUCGUGCUUGGAUACAGGAAGCUACAGGCGACGAAAAGGAUUCUGGAUCAACUGGACAAGAGUUGUGUUCGGGAUGCGGAGAAGUCCGUGGUGCAUCGCUAUGUGGCCAUGGGAAAUUUUUGCCAUUUCAUGUACCAAUUAAUCUACAAUGGCGGAGUGAUCACAAACUUCGUGGGCUACUUGGCAAUUGGUAGCCACGCCUGGCGCAUGUAUAUCCCCCUGCUCAAGCCCGAUGACUAUUUUUUGUCCAACCUUCUGGAAGGCUCACUGAUGACUGCAGUGGUGAUAAUGCAACAGUGUUCGGAUGUCUGCCCAAUGGUCUAUAUGCUGAUGACUAGGUGUCACAUCAGCCUGCUCAAGGAUCGGCUGAGGAACCUCCGAUCGGAUCAAGGAAGAAGUGAAGAUGAGUACUUCAGGGAUCUUACGAAUUGCAUCCGGGAUCAUCGUUUGAUAUUGGACUAUGUCAACGCCGUGCGACCUGUGUUUUCGCGUACCAUUUUUGUGCAAUUCCUGUUAAUCGGUAUUGUCCUGGGUCUCAUGUUAAUUAACCUUAUGUUUUUCUCAACAUUUUGGACGGGACUCGGAAUUUGCGUCUUUAUUUUAUGCGUGGCAAUGGAGACGUUUCCCUUUUGUUACCUGUGCAAUAUGCUAAUCGAUGAUUCCGAGGAGCUGGCCGAUAAUCUAUUCCAUUCGAAUUGGACGUCCGCCGACCGUCGCUAUAAGUCCACUUUGGUAUACUUUCUUCACAAUCUUCAGGAACCCAUUAAUCUUACUGCUGGUGGAGUGUUUCCUAUCUGCAUGCAAACCAAUUUGCAGAUGGUAAAGUUGGCAUUUUCUGUGGUGACGAUUAUUAAGCAGUUCAACUUGGCCGAGAAGUUUCAAUAA